AUUAAGGUAACUGUGUACGAAACUUAAUUAAGACAGAAAUAGGUGUUAAUUUUUAGAUAUUCAAUGUUGCCAGUAGUGUCAGUGGUGUAAAAUGUACAAAAAUGUAAUUGUAAUGAAUAUUUCUUCAAAAGUAAAACUUAUUUGACUUCAUAAAACAAAUAAAUAUAUACGUCAAUAACAAAAUGAACAAAGUUUUUAUUCUCACAAUUAUUUCAUUGUAUAUUUCACACAGCUCAAUUGUACAGAGUAUUCCUGAUAUUCCACUGCGUGUAGAUAUUACAGAAGAAAGUCCAGUUGGAAGUAUAGUACCUGGAGUCGCUGAAUAUUUAGAACAGUUAUUAUCUCGUGAACAAAUACAAGGUUUAACUAGUCCGACAACAGCAAUAACAACAUUUCAGUUAAUCAGUAGUGGUACAUUUUCAAAUUUAUUCACAUUAGACUCGCAUUCAGGUCAGUUGAUUAUUAGUGGACGAAUUGAUCGAGAGACUUUAUGUCCAUCAUGGGAUAAUACUGCUGCUGUUGAUGCUUCUGUGAACACCAUCAGUAGUAACAGUGCUAACACACUUACAACACAAAGAGAUCCUAAUAUGAUAAAUGGAAAUUUUAUGAAUGAUUUCUCGAAUUCGCUGCCUAACGAAUGUAUACAACCGCUGAAUAUACUAAUGACCGUUAAGCCACAGCCGCAUAGGGGUACUGGAGCUGAUGACAAACACCUAGCUGCAUUAGUCAAAACGAAAAGGAUAUUACUAAACUUAGUAGUGCAUGACAUAAAUGAUAAUGCACCAAGGUGGCAUGAAAUCAAUCUAUUACAUGUAAACUUUGUAGAAACACCCUCAUCACCAACUACAAAUCGAUGGAAUACAAUUCAAACAAUUCUACGACCCAUUAAUGAGAAUGAUGCAAUGAGGAAUGCUAAGUCAAUAGAUCGCGCUUAUGAUCCAGAUUUAGGUUCAAAUGGUACAAUUGUUUAUCGAUUAGUAGGACCAGGUGCAGAUUAUUUCCGGUUAUCAGAUAAUGGCAACAAAAAUAGCAAAAGUAGUAAUGACAAUAAUCAAUAUAAUCUUCAAGGAGGGUCUGAUUCACUAAUACAUCGUAAAGCUGAUUUGUCCAUGGAUUUUUAUAAUACCAAUAGUAAUUUAAACCAGUUGACAAAUACCUAUGAUACAUCACUACAAAUAUGGCCUGUACUACCGUUAGAUAGAGAGACUAAAGAUUUUGCUGGACAAGGUGGUGUUUAUAAUUUAACGUUGGUGGCAAGUGAUUUGGGCAGUCCACCUAAAACUACAAGUAUACCAUUAUUAAUAACCCUAAUUGAUGUAAAUGAUCAUAUCCCACAAUUUCAUAAUCCUUUAAAUCAAUAUGAUGUGAAUAAUCAAUUAAAUUCAAACAAUCCUGAGAUGAAUUAUGUGAUUUAUCGACCAUUAAAUGGUAAUUUACGUGAAACAUUACCUGUAGGCAGUUUUGUAUUACAACUGAAUGCAUCAGAUCAAGACGAUGGAUUACAUUCAAAAUUAAUUUAUGGAUUUUGUCCAUGUGAUCGUAAUAUAGCACAAAAUUAUUUUAAGAUUGAUGUUAAUACAGGACGGAUUAUAGUGAGUCAUUCACUGGAUUAUGAUAAUGGACCUAGACAGUUUCGAUUUAAAGUUAUUGCUAAGGACAGUGCACCAGAACCGUAUACUCUGACAGGUACAGCAAUUGUUGAAAUUAUGCUAGCUGAUGAAAAUGAUGAAACUCCACACAUUAAUGUGAUGCUUUUACAAUCAAAUAUCGCCUCAGAUUCUCUUCCAUUAAUUCAUCAUUCGUUUCUAUCGAACAAAAAACUUACUCAUCCAGACGGUGCGAAAUUAUUACGUGAAUACACAACAACAAUUAGUGAAAACCCACAACCGGAAACCGUGAUUGCUUAUGUUCAGGUGUAUGACCCAGAUCAUCAUGGCCAAGACCAUAUUCACUGCCGGCUUGGACCAACAGACAACUUCACUUUACAAUAUGAUCCAUCCUCGUCAUCAACUUCAUUAGCAUCGAUAUCAGCAUCAGCAGCUGCAGCACCAUCCUUAACUGGUAGUAGCUCGCUGUUGUAUUUUACCAAACGUAAUCCAUUCUACGACCACUCACUGCAACAACCGAAUGCAAACACCAUACAAAAUAAACAAGAUUAUCGUUUAAUAACAGGCACUAGAUUAACCGAGUUAUCAUCGCCUUAUUCACGCUUAGAUCGUGAAACGACUCCGGUCCAAACAGUCACUUUGACCUGUACAGACAGUGUCGGCAAUUCGGCACAUGUAUUGAUUAAAAUACACUUAUCAGAUCUAAAUGAUAAUCCCCCUAAAUUUGUAAAUAACGCACAUUUUGUAUUUCAAAUACCUGAAAAUCAAGAACUUCCAGGAAACAAACCAAUCUGGUUAGGACGGACAAUAGCGGUAGAUAAUGACCAAGGUAUCAACUCUGUGAUCACUUAUCGUUUAGAAAGUUCUGAUUACACGGUUACAGGACAUGGAGAUAAAGAUUAUGGAAACAGUGAUGGUGAUAUGACUGCUAUCACUGCGAGUAAAAUUGACAGUGUAUUUGAAUUAAAUCCACAAACAGGUGAUUUGUAUGUGAAGGUUGUGUUUGAUCGUGAGACAACACCCAAUGAUGGGGUAUAUAGACUGAAAGUUUUAGCUAUAGAUGGGGGUGAACCAUCUUUGACAGGUACGGCUCAGGUGGAGGUGUUCAUUCUGGAUGUAAAUGACUGGGCGCCGCAAUUCACACGGGAAGUGUAUACCUUCAGUGUGCCAGAAAACGUAAGAAUACAUGAAGUUGUCGGUGAGGUCGAAGCUGUAGAUCGUGACGCCGACAGUAAAGGGAAAAUAACCUAUCAGUUAAUUUCACAUGCAUACCAGCCAGUUAAUGAGAUUUCUGAUUGGGCAGUACACUUGCCUAAUCAAUACAGUUCGCGCAGAUUACGCUCACGAUCGUCUGUAACUGAUGAGGACAUGAGUGAAAAAACACCGCCAGAAGUAGCAGUCGAUGAGUUAAAGAACAAAUCCUUUGGUAUAUUAAUCAGAGACAAACGUUUCAAUGAUACCAGUAAACAAUUUACUGAGUCAAUGAAUUCAAAUAUCCAGCAAGAAAAACUGGAGAAAACAUUCGUAUUGAACAAAACAAAUGAAUUGUUAAGAGAAGAAGUAAAGUCUGUUAAACCAGUAAGCAAUUCACAUUCAGAAAAAUCACCUAUUUUAAUAAAUUAUUUUGCAGUUGAUCGGUUAACUGGUAAAAUACGCCUUAUACGUGCACUGGAUCGUGAAUCUGUAGCUUUUUUCACAAUAGAGAUUAUUGCUAUUGAUUCCGCUCCGAUUUCUCCAAUUGCAUCAUUACGUCAGAUCAACAGUAUACUGUCCACGUCAGAUAUCAGUGGUAAUAACAAUAAUUCCACAUCAAAAAACGCAUACUAUACACCAGUGCAUAAAUCAUUAUCAUCUACUGCAACUGUUGUAAUCGCGGUGACUGAUGUGAAUGAUAAUCCUCCAAUUUUUCGUCGACCCAACACAUCGACCGCUAUUCAGCUUAGUUUACAUGAAACAUUAGGUAGACAACUGCUCACACUAGAGGCGACUGAUGCCGAUGAAGGUGAAAAUGCUCGUAUAACUUAUCAAAUAAGAUCUGAAGUCCCUAGACCGCCAGGUGGAUCAGGAACUGGACAUUUUGCCAUUGAUGAAUCAAGCGGAAUGCUGUUUUUAGCAAGACCUUUGAACAACACAAUCACUCAUCGUUUUGUUGUUGAAGCAUGUGAUGGUGGGGCAGGCUCUUCUAAACGAUGCACACUAUCCCCUAGUAUACGAAUAACUGUAUUUGAUGGUCUCAGUGAACCUGUGACAAACUCCAAUGGUGAAGUAAUGGUUUAUCAGGCUGGUACAGCAUCGCACAGUGACAAUUUUCAUCAAAAUCGCAGGCAAUCUGACCUACCAUUCGAUUUAGACGAGUUAACAAUCGGAUCUGUUGCUGCCGCUCAAAGUGGACGAAGAAAUGAAGUUGUUGUUGUCUGUCUAGUGGUGAUAUUCAGCAUACUUCUAAUGGCAACAAUUUUGUUGGUUAUAUGUUUAGUACACCGUCGUGGGUUGAGUGCACGUCAGUGGAUUGUCAAUCGUUCUGAUAAUUUACCACCAGAUAAACAAGACUCGAAAAAGGAUCUAAAUAUCAUCAAUAAAACUGCUAAUAGUCGGUCAAAUAUUGACUUAUGGAUGGAGAAUCAUGUGCCGGAUGAUCCAUCUGAAUUAAGAAGCAAUAUGAAAAUUGAAUCAAAAUCCCCACUUCAAUAUGGAAUUGCCAACAUACAAAUGGAUGGUAAUAUCCAAGGAUAUCCUGGUCAAGAAGAGCUCGGGUCACCAGCACGUGUUUUAUCCAAUAACACCCUGUCGAAUUACCAUCAAACAACGAUCAUGUCACCUCUAAUUUCUGAGAUACAACAUCAACAACAUAGUCAUUCUUUACUGAAUUCAAUGGAUCAUGUUCCAAUGAGUAUGAGUAACAAUAAUACACUCAGUCCAAGUCGUUUGCGUCUACUUUCUACUGCUUCAAUGGGGAUUAAUCCUGUUGAUGCGUAUAAUAAACUAGAUUCAAGUAUACCACAUGUUCUCAGUAAUUCAGAUGUGAAUCACAUCCUAACACAAUCAUCAUAUCGUCCACCUUCACCUGAUUACCAAUGUUUAGAUGCCAUCUGGUGUCAUCAGAAUAAAUUUCCAUCGGGUACAAUGAACGUUUUACAACGUUUCCAUAAUCCGCUUACAUCUAGUAAUUCACAAGUUAACAAUUCAAGUCAUCAUCCACAUCGUGUACAAAGAAAUCAACAAAAAUUAUCUACUCAAUAUUCAGUAGGAAGUGGUGAUAGUGGUAUAAAACAACCGUUGAACAAUUCGCACCAUAUUAUGUCAAAUGAAUUCCCAGAAUCAACAAUUAUAACUACGCAGGCACCAAGCGUCAACACAUUUCUUCCGCAUACAUACUACGAAAUAGCUACACCAUCAGAGACAUGGCAUACAAGAUGUUUACCAAUAUUUAUACCUAGUGGCAAUCACACAAUACUUAGUAAUCAUGAAACUGAAACUCAUGUAAAUUUGCAUACACAACAUUUACCACAAACGAAUAAUCAGUAUGCCUUACAUCAAGCGAACAACAGCCAACAACGUUUAACCGAAUUCAAUAGUCGUUCAUAUAACCAUAUAGCUACAUUAGGUAGACCAACUACAGGGAAAGGACGUAGACGAUUAACAACUACAAAUGGUAAAGACGAUAGUAUGCAUAACUUACAAGCUGGUGAAUUAGCCAUACAUUCUGGUAAACGUUCAAUACGCAAUCCAUUAGGACAAAAUGAACAGUAUACCGUUAAAUCAGAGGAUCAAAUCUUAAAAUCAAAAACUAUCAAUGUUAUCAAUGAUAAUAUUGACAAUACUACUAAAGUUCUCAAUAGUAAUAUGUAUCAUAAUGAUGAUGAUACUGGUGAUAUUAAUAACAAUGACAAUAAUAAUGAGGAUAACAAUAAUCUGAGUGAUAGAGGAAAGGAAAAAAGGCAGAAUAGUCAGUUAACAGAACAGAAACCGAAUGUACACUAUACAUACCAAGCAUUUCGUGAGGGUACAUUCGUGUAAGACUGUUCAUAUAAAUUGCAUUUAUAAGGAAUAAGAAACGGUGUUUCCUCUCACUCAUACUCAUGCACCUAUAUAACUGCCUAGUUUCUGUAUGAAAAUACUCUUCUGAGUAUGCUUGUUGAGGUAGCUGCCAACUAACAGAUGUAUAAUACAGAAGUAUAAAGAAUGAAUAUAAAAUAAUAAUGAAAAUUAUUUCAUCUAGAACACCAUUAUAUUCUAUACACAAACGCUUUUUAAAUUAAUUGCAUUUAACUUCAAGUUUUCUUAUUCUUGUCAGUUUUUAAUCUUUCAAUUUUUUCUUUCUCAUGACUUGAUUUCAUUUACUUCAGUUUCUGUUGAUGAGAAAACUGCGGUUGUUCUUUUUGUUGCUGAAAUAGUAACUACUUAUCUUUGUCGACAUGUUUUCAUUCGCUUGGCUGUUUUGUUUUUUUAAUCAUUGAUAACCAAAUUAUAAAAGAAAUCUAAACAAAACUCAAUUUAUUAUGAUGACUUAUUUGUUUGUGGCUAGCAGAGGAAUCUAAAACUCUCAUUUCGUCCUAGUUAGGACUGGUCAACUGGAUGUAUCUGCACUACAGUAAGUUAUAGUAUUCUUAUCUGGACUCGAACCAGGCACCUAUCGUUCCAGACGCCAAUGGAAACUCAUAAAUACCAACAAAUAAAAAAAUUCAAUUUGCUUUACAUAUUUUUGUCACGCAUUUCAAUAGACUAUUUUCGACUGCGUUGAUGAAAAAUCAAUUUCCUGAGAGAUCAUUUGUUCAAACAUUCACUAGUAAGUUAUGUUUUCCUCAGAUAAAGAGAAUAAUCUGAUUCG